UAAAAUUGGUGAGUUAUGAAAUCAGUUGAAGAUCAAGUUGUGGAGGAGGAUGUGAGGUUUGAUGAUGAGGACUCUUUUUUCCAAGAUAUUGACAUGUUACAGAAGCAUGGAAUUAAUGUAUCAGAUAUAAAGAAGUUAAAAUUGGUAGGAAUAUGUACUGUAAAAGGCAUUCAGAUGACUACCAAAAAAGCAAUGUGUAACAUUAAGGGUUUAUCUGAAGCUAAAGUAGACAAAAUUAAAGAGGCAGCAAACAAAUUAAUAGAGCCAGGUUUUCUUACUGCCUUUGAAUACAGCGCAAAGAGGAAGAUGGUGUUCCACAUAUCUACUGGAAGCCAAGAAUUUGACAAGUUAUUGGGUGGUGGAAUAGAAAGUAUGGCAAUAACAGAGACAUUUGGAGAAUUCAGAACAGGAAAAACCCAACUUUCUCAUACUCUUUGUGUGACAGCCCAACUUCCUGGAGCAACUGGAUACACGGGAGGAAAGGUUAUCUUUAUUGAUACAGAAAACACAUUUCGUCCAGAUCGUCUGAGAGACAUAGCUGACCGAUUUAGUGUGGACCAUGAUGCAGUGCUAGACAAUGUGUUAUAUGCUCGUGCAUACACAAGUGAGCAUCAGAUGGAAUUGUUGGAUUAUGUAGCAGCUAAAUUUCACGAGGAAGCUGGCAUUUUCAAACUCUUGGUCAUUGAUUCUAUAAUGGCUCUUUUCCGAGUGGAUUUUAGUGGCCGUGGGGAACUGGCAGAGAGGCAACAGAAAUUAGCACAGAUGCUGUCCAGACUUCAGAAGAUCUCUGAAGAAUAUAAUGUAGCUGUAUUUGUCACAAAUCAAAUGACUGCUGAUCCGGGUGCAACCAUGACAUUUCAAGCAGAUCCAAAAAAGCCAGUUGGUGGUCAUAUACUUGCACAUGCAUCAACCACAAGAAUAAGUUUAAGAAAAGGAAGAGGAGAGCUGCGCAUUGCAAAAAUCUAUGACAGCCCUGAAAUGCCAGAAAAUGAAGCCACAUUUGCCAUCACUGUUGGUGGAAUUAGUGAUGCAAAAGAAUGACUGAACACUUGAAGAUAUAAAAAUAUUUGAAAUUUUAAUAUAUUUGCUUUUAAUGCAUAGACAGAAGUAAUACAACAUGAUUUCUCAGUUAGACACAUCCCAGUGGCUACCAAUGUUAAGAAA